AUGGACGCACCACAGCACGACCACGACGUGGUGCUUCCGGCAUUCCCUCCCGAGCUCGAGAUUACGUUGGCCGAUGGGCAUUCGGGUAGCGAGGUCAAUCAUCACGCUCCCAUCCCUGAAGAAGCCGACGUCUCAGCGAUGGAGCCACUGGCGAAGCGGCCACGACUCGACGUAGCGCCUGGGUCUCAUCAAGAUGAAAUGGCACAUCACCGAGUAGCGGCCAUUAACGGCUCCAUGCACGAAUCAGCGGCCGUGCCAAGUCUGGCAAGUAGCGGUUCGCUUCAACUGGACGGCUCAUCCUCCUCCUCCGCGAACCUGAGCAUCGCCACCGAGGCCGAAGAGGAGGAAGGCGAAGCCACAGAUGGCGAGCCAGCUUCCAUCUCCAUGGAUGACGGCGGCAUCAACAUCAACAACGACAGCACCAGCACCGGCGGCGACGAUGGGCUCGGCAGCAGCGGCGGUGGCAGUGGCGACGACGGAGCGCUGCGACAGGACGCGCAGUUCGACGAGCGGCUGCGCGAGCUCGAGGAGUUCAAGGCCAAGUACGGCCACUGCCGGGUGCCGCAGGUGUGGAAGGAGAACAAGCGGCUGGGCCAGUGGGUGGCCACCACGCGCAACCUCAAGAAGGCCGGCAAGCUGCCCCUCGAGCGCGUCAAGCUGCUCGAGGGCGUCGGCUUCGUCUGGUGCUGCCGCAACGUCACCGCCGCCUCCAAGGGCGAGAAGCGCAAGAUGAUCCCCUGGAACGAACGCUUCGAAGAGCUCAAGGUGUUCAAGGAGAAGUACGGGCACUGCAACGUGCCGCACAAGUGGAGCGAGAACGUGAAGCUGUCCAACUGGCUCUACUGCCAGCGCUCGUUCCACCGGCACGGCAAGCUCAGCCAGGACAAGAUCAAGCGGCUCGAGAGCAUCGGCUUCGAGUGGAGCAAGCAGGACCCGCCCGCCGCCUCCUCCACCGCCGCCGCCGUCGUCCUCGUCAAGAAGCGCAAGAGCAGCACCUCACCGUCGCCCUCUCCCUCGUCGGCCUACGACCUCACCGCCAUCGGCGCCGCCGGCCAACCGCCCGCAUUCGCCCCAGCCGGCAUGGACCACGGCGCCAUGCUCGCCGCAGCGUCGCUGGACAUCCACCACCACCACCAUCAGCACCAGCAGCACCAUCAGCAGCCGCACCACCACCAGCAGACGCCGCAGCCGUUGGUCGUGGGCCACCACGUCGAGCUGCUCCAGCCGGCCAUCGGCCAGGGCUCCGCGAUCGCCACCGACCAGAAGGACCGCCUCAUGCUCGGCGCCGCCGCCGCCGCUGCCGCCACCUUAACCGCCGUGCCCAAGGCCGACGGCGAAAAUGAAAACGAAAACGAAGACGAAGGCGAAGGGGAGGAGGGGGAGGAAGAGGAGGUGGUGGUCUAUCGGCCGUCGUCGGUGAAGGAGCGCAAGUCGUGGUACGAGCGGUACCAGGAGCUGCUGGCCUUCAAGCAGGAGCACGGCCACUGCAACGUGCCGUGGAAGUGGCGCGAGAACCUGCCCCUGUUCUACUGGGUGCGGCGGAUGAAGGACAAGAAGCGGGCCAACGCGCUCACGGCCGAGAAGGUGGCGCUCAUGGAGGAGAUCGGCUUCGAGUGGGUCAAGGGCCAGAACAAGGAGAAGGAGCGGCGCAAGCAGCAGCAGAUCCUCAUCGAGCAGAAGCAGAAGGAGCUCGAGGAGGAGCGCGAGGGCCUGGUCGCCGCCGCCGUGCGCGCCCGGCUCCUGUCCGGCAACAACAACGGCAACCCGGCGGCGGCCGACCACCAUCACCACCAGCAGCCGCAGCAGCCGCCGCAGUCAAACGGCGUCGGCGGGGCCGCCGCGGGCUCGGUGGCGGAGCUGAUUGCGGCCCAACAGCAGCAGGGCGUGGGCGAGCAGGUGGGGAUGAUGUCGCCGUUUGCCUACAAUUUCCCGGCGAGCUACGCGACGGCGGGUACGGGCGGCGCGCUGGUGAGCACCACCUACUACCCGGUCUACGCCAAGCUCACCUCCGCCGGCGCUUCCUCCACCGGAGAGUUCACCUUCGAUCCGACUGCGCUGGCGGGGUCGUCAAGCGGCGUCGAGCUCUCGAUGGACCACAACGGCCAGCACUCACUCUACUCGCACGCCCACAGCGACCUGGGCGCUGCCCUCCAGCACUUCAUGGGCGAGGAAAUGAAAGAGGGCGACAAGGAAGAGGGGAUGGAGGGCAUGGGCGAUGCCCUGCACCACCAUCACCACCACGAGGACAUGCACCACGAGGAAAUGGUGCAUCAUCACCACCACCUCCACGCCAUGCACCACGUCACUGUGUCCGAGGCCGACGGAUCCGUGCACAUGGUCGAGGUCAUCCAAAACGAGCCUGGCCACCUGGAUAGAUGA